CCUAACCUCAAUAAUGAAAAUGAAUUUGACUCACAUUCCAAAUGAAAGGUUAGAAAUUAUUAAUCGAUAAUUUGUUUAUUAAAAAUUUAAUCAAACCACGUGUUCUACUCGUCAUUAAAAAAAUAUUUUAUCGUUCUUUUUAAAUGAUUAAUAAUAAAAAGUUGAUAGACAACGACUUAACCUAAAACAAACAAAAAAAUAGGACAAGAAUCAAAGAAAUAAUUAAAAAAGAAUUGUAUUGAUGGACAUUUGAAAUUUCCAGUGUUCGAUGUAACCUACUUUGGGAAGGAUGAACAGCAUAGGCGAAGCUUGUAAUGAUUUAAAACAGCAGUAUGACAAUUGUUUUAAUACAUGGUUUUCGGAACAUUUUCUUAAAGGAAACACAAACGAUUCUAUGUGCGAACCGAUAUUUAAAGUUUAUCAGCAAUGCGUUAAAAGGGCAAUGAUUGAAAAUCGGAUUGAUUGGCAUGAAGUGGAAAGGAAUUUACUUGGGAGUGAGCACGAAAGGAAAGUUCCAUCACAAGAAAAAAGUUGACAAAAUAAAUUAUUAGUGAAUGAAAUUAAUUGAAAGUAGAUUUUUGUUUUUUAAUAAAUUAAUUGGUUAACAUGUAAUUUUUUAAUUAAUUUUCAUAUGUAGUUUUAUUGAAAAUAAUUAAAAACACUAUUACAGGUAAUAAAACACUUAAACCUAAA